AUGUGCAUCCAAGGUGCUGAUCCAAAAGUUUACUCAAACUGUAUCGACCUUGCUUCUAAAGCAAUGAUAGAGAAAUGUCCAAACCAGACAGAAGGCCUAGCCUGGCCGGAAAAUGUGAUUCUUUGUAUGGUACGUUACUCCAACCGCUCGUUUUUCGGAUCACUAGAGUUGGAACCAAGUUAUGUACUAUACAACAGUGGAGCUAUAAGAUCCAAUUUAACGGAGUUUAAUAAAUUGUGGGAGGACUUAACAAGUCGUGUGAUAGAUGGAGCUACUUCAUCUUCAUCUCAAGGCAAGUACUAUGCAGCUGAAAAAGUACCUUUGACACCUAUUCAGAAUGUAUACGCGUUAAUGCAAUGCACUUCGAUCUUAUCUCUGCGAGAUUGCAACAUUUGUUUGAAACAAAGUGUCAGAGACUAUGAAAGUUGUUGCCGUGGGUACCAAGGUGGGAUUGUUUUCCGUCCCAGCCAAGGUAGUGAGUCAAUCUCAGCAGGAAUCGUUGUGGCAAUUGUUGGCAAUUAUCUUCUUAGUACUAUAUGCUAUAACAAUUUAUGUUUGCAGGAGGAGAAAGUGAUCAGACCGAGCUAUUGUUCGCCAAGCUGCAACAGAGAGAAACGUAAUAGGUCAAGCCGUCAAGGUGGAUUUGGAGAAGUUUACAAGGCUGUUCUUAAUGGGACAGAAGUUGCGGUUAAGAGGCUGUCAAAAGCAUCAGGACAAGGUGCAAGAGAUUUCAAGAAUGAGGCUGUUCUUGUGGCAAAGCUUCAGCAUAGAAAUCUUGUUAGGCUUCUUGGAUUUUGCGUGGAAGGAGAAGAAAAGACACUUGUUUAUGAGUUUGUGCCUAACAAAAGCCUCGACUACUUCCUAUUCGAGUCUUCAAAACAUGGCCAAGUGGAUUGGAAAACGAGAUACAAGAUCGUCCAGGGGAUUGCUCGAGGUGUUCUUUAUCUUCAUCAAGAGUCGCGGCUCACAAUCAUACACAGUGACCUCGAAGGAAGUAACAUUCUCUUGGAUGCUGACACGAACCCAAAGAUUGCAGAUUUUGGAAUGGCAAGGAUUAUGGGGAUGGACCAAACUCAAUCCGAUACGAGCAGGAUUGUUGGAACCUAUGGUUACAUGGCUCCUGAGUAUGCGCUGCAUGGCCAUUUCUCGAUGAAAUCAGAUGUCUAUAGUUUUGGAGUCAUAGUUCUUGAAAUUAUAAGCGUGUACUCAACAAUGGAUGGAGAUGAUCCAGAAGUUCCAAAUACAGAACAUCAGCUUCCCUCACAACGCUCUGUUCGUCAAAAGCAUGAUCCAGCAUGGGCACAUGUCUCUCAAACUUUGGAUUCGAAUGGGAAAAGUACACUUACAUGUGACUUUUGUAAAAAGAAAAAUCAAGGAGGUGGUAUCAAUAGAAUGAAACAACACUUGGCUGGAGUGAAAGGGAAUACAAAUGCAUGCAAGAAUGUCCCUCCAGAAGUUCAACAUGCAAUGAGAAUGUCUCUGAAAGAAAAUGAUGAUAGGGCAAAGGAGAAAAGUGGAGUGAAUAAUACUAGACAGUUUGUUGAUUUAGAGGAUGACGAAGAUUCUGGUCAAGGUUUUAUGCCUCCAAGACAGAAAAGAAAGGCCAAUACCGACAUAAACUCUUACUUCAAGCAGGGUUUACAAGAUCAGUCACAACCAACCAUAAAAUCAUGUUUGCAGAGUAAGGAAAAGAUUCAUGAUGCUGAUAUGGCAGUUGCAUUGUUUUUCUAUGAUGUAUGUAUGCCCAUGAAUGCUGUGAAUUCUAGAUUUUAUCAGCCUAUGAUCAGCAAAAGGGCCUUCGUAUCAUGCUCUAUACGUGUUGGUUUACUACGUGAUGCCAAGCUGCAAGUUUCUUUAAUUAUUGAAUCUUUUAGGAGUACAUGGGCUGAAACUGGUUGUACUCUGAUGGCUGAUGGAUGGAAAGAUACUAGGCAAAGACCUUUAAUAAAUUUUUUGGUCUAUUGUCCUAAGGGGAUAACUUUCAUCAAGUCAGUUGAUGCUUCAGGAAUAUAUACAACUGCAGAGAAUUUGUGUAACCUAUUUGCUGAGGUUGUGGAUAUGAUUGGCCCCCAAAAUGUAGUCCAUAUGGUGACAGAUAGUGCACCUAACUACAAAGCUGCUGGUGGUAAGCUUACAGAAAGAUAUCCUACCAUAUAUUGGUCACCCUGUGCAGCUCACUGUAUUAACUUGAUACUAGAAGAUGUGGGAGAGCUACCUCUGGUCAAGAAAUUAACCAGCUAUGCAUCAAAGAUAACUAUCUUUGUGUAUAACCAUAAGAAUAUCUUGAACUGGUUGAGAAACAGGCCGGGUUGGAGAGAGAUAAUUCGUCCUGCAGAAACUCGUUUUGCUACAAGUUUCAUAGCUUUACAAAGCUUGUAUGCGCAUAAAGAUUACUUGCAGAGUAUGGUUGUUGAUGAGGAGUUCAGAAAGAUAUCAAGAUCUGAAAAAGCAAAACUUGUGAAACAACUUAUCUUUGAUGAUGACUUUUGGAAAGAGUGCUUUGUGGUUGUCCAGAUUAUGGCUCUUUUGAUCCGUUUGUUGCGUAUUUGCGAUUCUGAUGAGAAACCAUCUUUGCCUUAUGUAUAUGAAGGAAUGUAUAGGGCACGGUUAGGCGUCAAGAAGAUAUUUAAGAAGGAGAAAAGACUCUACAAGCCUUACACGAGGAUCAUUGAUAGUCGGUGGGAUAAGAUGUUGCGCCGUGAUAUUUAUGCUGCAGCUUAUUUUUUGAAUCCAGCCUUUUUAGAACGAGAGGGUAGUUUCUCUCGAGAGAUAGCACUUACUUGUAGCAAAACUACUCGACCUGAUGAAUGGUGGAAACUAUUUGGGUUUGAUAUUCCUGAUUUGCAAAAGCUUGCAAUCCGAAUCCUUAGUCAAACAGCUUCUUCAUCUGGAUGUGAGCGAAACUGGAGUGUGUUCGAACGCAUUCACACCAAAAAGAGGAAUAGGCUGGAGCAUCAAAGGCUCAAUGAUCUUGUUUUUGUUCAUUAUAACUUACGUUUACAAGACAGGUCCAAGAAAAAUAGAUCAUAUGAUCCUGUGGAUUAUGAGUCAAUCGAUAAAACUGAGUUUUGGAUUGUGGAAGAAGAAGAAGAAGGCGAACUUGAUCUUGCUGAGCUAGAAGAUAAACUUCUUGAGGAAUAUCCCAAAGAUGACGAUGAACCCACUCCUGGUGUUGAAGAUUUGGACAAAGAAGAUUGGAUGCUCUAG